AUGACAGAGGUCGGCGCUUUAAACACCGAGGAUGAUGACACUGUCGGCCGGCACGACGAGUUUGAGCAGUUGAGAGGUGUUAUUCGAGCUAGCCAGCACCAGUCGCAGGAGGACGCGGCGCUUCCAGCACUGGCAUUGCCAAAUGAUCCAUUGCGCAACGGGGUAGAGGCAUUUAUCGCUCGCAUUGGCCGCGGAGAGAGCGUCCGGCGGACGGCCGCAUUGCCUCCAGACUUGCAGCACUGGGCCGCAGCAACUGACGAGCGCUUCACGUGGCUGCCGCAGAUGCGGGGCCUUUUGCGAGAUCACUGGGGUCACGAGGCCUUUCGUGGCCUGCAGCUUCCGGUGAUCAAUGCACUUAUGUCCGGCGAAGAUGUUUUUGCGGUGAUGCCGACGGGUUCUGGCAAGUCCUUGUGCUACCAGCUCCCUGCCAUGGUUAGGGACGGCACCACGAUUGUUGUGUCUCCCCUAUUGAGCUUAAUGGAGGAUCAGGUUUCGAGUUUGCAGAGCCGUGGAAUUGCUGCAGCUCGACUGGGGAGUGAUACCACUCAGGCAGCCACAAAGAAGGUUUUCCAAGAUCUUGCCGGGGGCGAGAUACAGCUCUUGUAUGUGUCGCCAGAAAGAAUGGUGGCAGCCAGUGAUAAAACACAAUCUUCCGGCAAAUUGGGUUCGGUUCUGACGCAGCUGUAUGACUCUGGGCGGAUGGCGCUGCUUGUCAUUGACGAGGCACACUGUGUAUCUCAGUGGGGACUGGAUUUUCGAAGCGACUAUCGCAAGUUGUCGUUCAUGAGAGCCAGGUUUCGUGGCGUGCCCAUGUUGGCAGUGACAGCCAGUGCAACUACAGCAGUUGAGAAAGAUGUGCUGAAGAGCUUGCGAAUGCAAGAGGCCGUGUGCUUCCAUGACACCUUCGACAGGGCCAAUCUGUUCAUGGAGGUGCGCCCCAAGCAAUCUGAGGACCAUACAAUUCAAGAGCUGGUGGACCUGGUGUCGGCACCGACAUCUCCGACCCCGGCCUGUGGUGUGGUGUACGUUCUUGCGCGGCGAGAGGUUGACCGUGUGUGCCAGAGCUUAUGCGAGCUUGGAGUUCCUUCGUGUCCGUACCACGCUGGGCUGCCAGCUGGAGUUCGCCGCGAGUCGUUUACGAAAUGGAUGCAUGGGGAGUGCCAGCUCAUCGUUGCAACUGUGGCUUUCGGAAUGGGCAUUGACAAGCGGGAUGUCAGGUUUGUGUUCCACAUCGAUAUGCCUUCAUCUAUUGAAAAGUAUCAUCAAGAGAUCGGCCGCGCUGGAAGGGACGGGCGGCCUUGCCGGUGCAUUCUCUGGUUCUCCAGGGCCGAUGUUAAGCGGAACAAGGAGAUGUCGCAAAAGCAGUAUGAAGUCAAGAGAUGUGAAGAUGCGGGCAAGUUCUUUGGCGAUGAAACCUGCCGACAUGCCGGGCUGCUGAAACACUUCGGUGAGAAGCCUUCCUUUCAGAACUGUGGAGCCUGUGAUGUUUGCUGUCGCCAGCGGUUCGGGUUGGCGGCGCAAGCCCAAGCUCCACAGCGUGAUGUCUCACCAGAAUGUCAAAAGUUGCUGCAGCUGGCGGAGAGCCUGCUGAAGAAUGGAGUCACUGCAGCAAAGCUUCGCGAUGCAGCCCGGAAACGCAAGGUUGAUGGCACGAAGGCUUUUUCAGCAGCUGUUGCUGCUUCCGAGCAUGCAGCUGCAUUGAAGGAAUUCAGCCACAGCCAGGUCGAGGAGAUGAUCAGUAAGCUCUUGCAGAACAAGGUGCUGACGGAGUACAAGGACAAGAUGUUUGGCAAAGGAAAAGGGAAGUUCAAGGUCCUCAGGCUGAAGCUGGGUCCCAAUGCAGACAAGUUGCGGAAAGGAAGUCUGAAAGUGCACCUUCCUCUGCCGGGUGGAUCGGACCGAAGCGCAAUCCAAGUGGAGGAAUCGGAGCCCUCACUACCUCCCGGCGGGGUGGCUGCAGAAGCUGAAGCAGAGCCUGCUGAGGACGUUCCGUUGCAGCCGCCUCCGCAGAAACGUCGGUUGAGGAGGAUAACUCAGGAAGCGGAGCCCUCGCUGCCUUUCGCCGGUGCUCCCUACGAGGCGGCGGAUGCAGAGGCUGAGGCCGUGGAGGUCCCGCCGCUGCCGCAGUCGCCGCCCAAGAGACGAAGGCUAACGUCGUCCAAAGCCAAAGCUGUGGACAAGGCAGCUGCCAGGAAGGAGACCUCUCCUCUGGCAGCUUCCGGGCGGUCCCUGCGAGCCGCGAAGGCCCGCCUCUUCUCGCGUGCAGACGACCCGAUCGAAGAGGAAGAGGAGGAAGCCGUGACGCCUGGAAUGCCGUGGCCUCCAGACGUGCCAGACAGCAGUGGCGAUGAACUUGUUUGGGUCGGUGGCGGUGAGGAGCUUCAAACAGCGCCAAGUCCGAGUCGCAAGCGUCGCGAGGCACGUCAUGAGGCCGCGACUUCGCCGUCCAAAGCCACGCAGCCUCCCCUACAGCCUUCAGCCGCGACUUCGCAGUCCAGCGGGCGCCGGCUUCCCUGGCCUUCGCAUGGAGCCACGCGGCCUCCAGUGCAGCUUCCACCACAGCCUCCGCAUCAGACUGUGCAACCUCCGCCACAGCCUCCGCUGCAGCCGCUCCAUCACCCGGUGCAAGUUGCGGCUCUGCCUGCAGCCGAGGAGGGAGCUACGACUUCGCCGUCCAGCGGGCGCCGGCUUCCCUGGCCUUCGCAUGGAGCCACGCGGCCUCCAGUGCAGCUUCCACCACAGCCUCCGCAGCAGACUGUGCAACCUCCGCCACAGCCUCCACUGCAGCCGCUCCAUCACCCGGUGCAAGUUGCGGCUCUGCCUGCAGCCGAGGAGGGAGCCAGUCGAGCAUUGCCUUCGCGGGCAGCCAGACGAAACGCACUUCGGGUAGCUCCGUUGCCGGGUUCCAGCUGA